UAUAUACCCUUUUUUCUUUUUGUUGAAUGAACAAGCAUUUAUUUAAGAGACGUGUUUAAUAACUUUUAAGUGUGUAUGAAAAGGGUUUGUAAAACUUCCAAGGGAAGAACUUAAUGGCGUAAAGGAUAUUACUUCUUGUUAGCUAUGUUUUAUGUCCCUUUUUGUUUCCGACUCAAUCUUGUGACUACCUACCUUCUUUCACCACCUGUCUAACGGAUACUUACUCAAGCGUGCUUCGGUAGUACAACGUUCCACAGCGAAAAUGGAGCCUGUUCUUACAAACUCUCAUCUCAAUCAUGUUUUAAACCUGCUUGAUGAAUUAAAAUUCCGUGACAAAUCGUUUCGAGCUCUUCAAUUCACUGCUAAACUUACUGCUUGGUACUUGUAUACCAGAGGUGAAUCAUUGGACAAGGUGAAGAGAUGGAAGAGCAUCGAGUCGCAACUCUCGUUUGCUCGUAAUUUCUUUACUGUUGGUAAAGUUUUCUUGAAUUUGAAAUCUUCCGUUGUUAAAGGCAGCGAGCUUCAUAAAAGCUCCAAAACUGAAAUCAAUGUUUUGACAGCCUUAGAGUUCUUCAAGGAAAUCGCCAAUACCGGUCAGAAUGCCGCAGAGCUUCGACUUUGGCUGAACAAGACCCAGAUUUUACCCUUGUCCGACUCAAAGGGCUACUCUAAUGCAUCUGACAUAUUUGGUCUCUUCUCAUCUAUGAUUUCAGCAACGGCAGAUGCUUUUGUCUAUUAUACAAGCUCUAAAGACUUGAAAAUCAUUCGCAGCGGCGAGUACAGUGAAAAGGGAUCGAAGGAAGAGUCUUUGAAGAAAGUGUUGGCUCUCCGUGAAAAGUCCGUGUUCGACUUCGUUGAAGACACCCUUGAUUGCAUUUCCCCAAUGAACAGUUUGGGACUUAUUCAUGUCGAUGAUCAUGUUAUUGGCCUUGCUGGUCUUGUUACGAGCUUCAUGGAAUUAUACGCUCUUUGGAACAAGACGAAAAUAUUAUCUCAUUAGAGUAUUAUUCCCUCGUUAAACGUUAUUUUUAGUUCAGUAUAUUUGAAUAUAUAUAUAUCCUAUACAUCAUGUAUUUUACAGUCUAAAAUGUCCUUUAAUUUAUUGCUAUCUUUCAAGUUAAUGCAGGAUGAGAAGUAAGAAUUCUAUUUG